GGGAUCCUCAGUUGACGAACAAAUCCUGAGCAACCAAGCAUGAUCUUCAAGUACAUUUUCUGUGUUGCACUGAUAGGAAGUGUUUCAAGUCCAGCUGAGCCGGUAAAAGCCAAACCUACUUACCAAAGAAGAGAUGCAAUAACUGGUCAGAUGGUGACAUGUGAGAAGUGCCCACCAGGGACGUUUGCGGAAAAGCACUGUACCAGUUCACAUCCAACAAUCUGUGGGCCCUGCCCAGACUUGCAUUAUACUCAGUACUGGAACUACCUUCAGAAAUGUCGCUACUGUAAUGUCUUCUGUGUGGAGAAUCAGUACGAAAAGCAACAGUGCAACUCCACACAUAACAGAGUGUGUGAAUGCAAGGCUGGUUAUUACUUAGGGUUUGAAUUCUGCCUGAAACACACUGAGUGCCCUGCUGGUGCUGGUGUGAUUAAAGCAGGAACGGCCUUCCAAGAUACAAGCUGUGCACCAUGUUCUGCUGGCUUUUUCUCUCCAACAUCCUCUAGUUCAGAACAUUGUAUUGCACACACAAACUGUAGUGUAGAAGGUUUAGUGGUCAAUGUCCCAGGUAACCGAUAUCACAACACCCUGUGUACUCCCUGCAAGAAAUCUUUUGGAACUUCCAUCAGUAAAUCAGUGUGUGAUGAUGCACUUAUUCAGUUUGUGGCACAUCAGAAGAUCCCAGCAAAGAAGCUUACCAAGUUUCUUAAUUUACUUUUGAUUCAAGGUGCUCAAAGAAUACGUAAGCAUAUGUUAACAGAGAACAAGAAUAUGAUGCAUGCAACAUUAUAUCCCCUACUAGUGGAAUGGAAAGAAACUGUCAAGGAAGAAAAUGUACCUGAAAUAAUAGUCUCAAUACUUGAAAAAGCAAAGAUGAGAAAUGUUUUACAAAAUGUACAAGAUCGUUUCUGGUGAAGUAUUAUUAUUUUAUUCGGCCAUCAAUUUCCGGACCUCCAGAAACAGCUAUGAUAUUAUCCAGGCUAACCAAUGCCACUGAAAAAUUCCCACUGACAGCAAAGAGCAAUUAGCCAGUAUGUUUUAUCAUAUUUAAUUUGACUGAAAUAUUAACACAAAAGAUCAAGGUGAAAGGUAUAAUAUCAUUAAAAAGAACUUUGAAACAAUAAGUAUUUAAGGGCAUGAAAGUAUUAAUGUGGACAAAGAAACUUGAUAUUCCAUUGUCACGAACCAGCAACAAAAGAAGCACACUGAGCAUGAUUCAGUGUUAAAAACUAUUUUAUUAAUCACUACUUAUGAUAAUACGUAAAAUAAAAGUAAAAAUGUUAGUAUGUUAGAAUUCAAAAAUGUUAAACCUCGAACGUUAACCCCAAAACUAAACUCUUUGUGUGUGUGUGUGGGUGGCAAAGUCCAAAACUCCCAGUUCCGGAAUGGUUCUUAAAGUUCAGUUCCGCAAGCCAUAAGGUGAAACAUGAGCAAGGGCUUCUUCAACAACCACCGUUGUCUGAAGGUAAGAUGUAGAUGUAGAAAAACAUAGAGAGAGUACAUACGAAAUCCAAAUGUUCCACGAUGGAACCCAAACGACACUCCAGUGUUUACUCGGUAGUGACUGCCUCACCCCGAAAAGCAUCCGAAUCGUGGUCGUCCACACACAAAUACCUGUUUCCUUCUACAGGUCAGCAACAAAGUGAACUCCACCGGAUUACUUCCAACUUCCAUACAUGGAUUUCAGUGGCAAACACAGUUAUUGUUUCUCAUCCAUCGAUAGAGAAAACAAGCAGGCUGGUGUCUCUCUCCCUUCUCUCUCUCUCUCCUUCUUCUUCUUCUAACUUCUUCAACAACGUCAUUACGUCCUUUAUCUUCUAUUGACGUAAGCACGCCCCACACACACAUACACACACACUCUCUAUCUUAAAGGGACUUUCACUGAGUCCGUAACACCAUAAAUAUAAAAUUUGCGGUCAUUCAGGAUGAGUAAUGGGUUUGUAUUCCAUUAGGGUCUCAAUUGCAUUUCAUUCAAGAAGGUUAACAGCCAAUGACUUACAGAAAAACUGUAAGUAAAUUAUUAGAAAUCUGUUCAAACACUUGGUGCUGAAAAGGUCUGUCCAUUUUAUAUUGCUUUAGGAUGGAAUUUAAUUUAUAUUAGUUGUAUAAAAGAUGAAAUGUAAAUAACUUGUGACUGAAACAUUAUCUCAUCAUAGAAAUGAUCAAUGAAAAACCGUGAAGCAUUUCACUAAGCUGUCCAUUUAUAUUUAUAGAUAUGUUAUAAUAAACAAUACAUUUCAAGAAUUCCCAAAUAAAAAGCAGAUAUUUACUUUUCUAUCCACUGUUAUUUUAAAUCUUUUGCUUUUACUUGUUUGUUUGAAAGAAGUUUGAUUAUGGUGUAGUCAGUUACUAACAUCAACUAAAAAUUGAUGCCAAGAAGUAUCAGAGCUUUUUAAAGAAACUAUGAAUCUGUGAAAUGAGAUCUUCAUAAAGACCCAAGGGCACUACUUAUUUACUUUCUGUACAGAUCUUUUGUAGUAUGACCAUCUGCAGAAUUUUCAAGUCAAUUUGCUAGUAUUGGUAUUGGUAUCCGUUUAUUAUUGUCACUUGUACCGAGGUACAGUGAAAAACUUGUCUUGCAUACCGAUCGUACAGGUCAAUUCAUUACACAGUGCAGUUACAUUGAGUUAGCACAGAGUGCAUUGAGGUAGUACAGGUAAAAACAAUAACAGUACAAAGUGUCACAGCUACAGAGAAAGUGCAGUGGAAUAAGGUACAAGGUCACAAUGAGGUAGAUCGUGAAGUCAUAGUCCAUCUCAUUGUAUCAGGGAACCGUUCAAUAGUCUUAUCACAGUGGGGUAGAAGCUGUCCUUAAGUCUGGUGGUAUGUUCCCUCAGGCUCCUGUAUCUUCUACCCGAUGGAAAAGGAGAGAAGAGAGAAUGACCCGGGUGGGUGGGGUCUUUGAUUAUGCUGGCUGCUUCACCAAGACAACGAGAGGUAAAGACAGAGUCCAAGGAGGGGAGGAUGGUGUCCGUGAUUUGCUGGGCUGUGUUCACAACUCUCUGCAGUUUCUUGCAGUCCUGCGCAGAGCAGUUGUGGUACCAAGCCGUGAUACAUCCAGAUGACAAGAGACAAGUGAUGACAGUGAUGACAGAUGACAGUGAUGACAAGAGUAAGAUCUUUCCAAGAUGCUGACAGGCUCGGAGAUCUUCCUCAUCACAACUUUUAUUCUGUGAAAAUUGAUAAUAUGGGUCAAUUAAAUCCAUUGAUUUAUGAAAUUAUAUCAACUUGAACAAGAUAUAUUUAUUGUAACAAGUGAGAUUCUUUUGUAUUAUACUAAAGAUGUUUGAGAGUAUGGUUACAGCUAUCUGCAAGGUAAUUGUGCACAAGAUUGAUCACCUGUUCAUCACCAGGAACAAGCUUUAAGUGACAGCUGGAAUGAGUAACAUUCCAAGAUAGCCAUAUGUAAGAUGCAGUUAGUUACAAUGAAGAGUAAAGGAUGUUUUAGAUUGACGGAAUACAAAGGCCACGUCAGCAUAUGGCAUUUUACAAUAUUUCAUUUCAAAUAACUUGUUGUAGUUUUCUACAGUAUUACUUGUAGUGUAUUAUGUCACAUUAUGUGCUGUGUUUAUUUAGUUUUAAUAAACUUUUACAAUUCUGA